UUUGCCGAUAAUUUGAUUGACUGGGGAAACAGAGAGAUCCACCGAUUGAUUCUAGUGUUGGAUAUGGCCGGUGGGCAAGUGGAGAAGCGAGUCAAAUACAAGAGCUCUGUCAAGGAUCCUGGAACUCCUGGAUUUCUCAGAAUUAGAGAAGGGAUGUUGCUCUUCGUCCCUAAUGAUCCCAAAUCAGAUUCAAAGCUCAAAGUGCUCACCCAGAACAUCAAAAGUCAAAAAAAUACUAAAGAAGGAUCAGAUAAACCUCCUUGGCUCAAUCUGACCAACAAGCUGGGAAAGAGUCAUAUCUUUGAGUUUGAGAAUUAUCCCGACAUGCAUGCUUGCCGUGAUUUCAUCACUAUGGCCCUUGCUAAAUGUGAAGAGGAGCCUAAUAAAUCCGCUGUCUCGACAUCUUCCGAGCAACUCAGUAUUAAGGAAUUGGAGCUACGCUUCAAGCUUCUGAGAGAAAAUAGUGAGCUGCAGAGAUUGCAUAAGCAAUUUGUGGAAAGUAAAGUACUGACGGAAGAUGAAUUCUGGGCUACAAGAAAGAAAUUACUUGGUAAAGAUUCCAUCCGAAAGUCAAAACAGCAGGUUGGGCUUAAGAGCAUGAUGGUUUCUGGUAUCAAACCAUCUACUGAUGGGCGGACUAAUAGAGUGACGUUUAACUUGACACCUGAGAUAAUUUUUCAGAUUUUUGCUGAGAAGCCGGCUGUUCGGCAGGCAUUCAUCAAUUAUGUUCCGAGUAAGAUGACAGAAAAAGACUUCUGGACAAAAUAUUUUAGAGCGGAAUAUCUCUACAGCACCAAAAAUACAGCAGUAGCUGCAGCAGAAGCUGCUGAGGACGAGGAACUCGCUGUCUUUCUGAAGCCUGAUGAGAUAUUGGCUCGGGAAACUCGUCAAAAGAUUAGACGGGUUGAUCCAACUCUUGACAUGGAGGCUGACCAGGGAGACGACUACACUCAUCUUAUGGACCACGGUAUCCAGCGUGAUGGCACCAUGGAUGUUGUUGAACCACAGAAUGAUCAGUUUAGACGAUCACUUUUGCAAGAUCUUAAUCGUCAUGCUGCUGUUGUAUUAGAAGGCAGAAGCAUUGAUGUUGAGUCAGAAGAUACGAGGAUUGUUGCAGAGGCUCUCACACGGGUUAAACAAGUAAGCAAAGCUGAUGGUGAAACCACCAAGGACGCUAAUCUGGAGAGAUUGGAGAGAAUGUCCCGGUUGGCAGGAAUGGAGGAUCUUCAAGCACCACAAAACUUCCCUUUAGCGCCGCUUUCUAUCAAGGAUCCUCGUGAUUACUUUGAAUCUCAACAAGGAAACGUCCUCAAUGUACCCAGAGGAGCAAAGGGAUUGAAGAGAAAUGUCCAUGAAGCUUAUGGAUUAUUAAAAGAAUCCAUUUUGGAGAUUAGAGCUACAGGAUUAAGUGAUCCGUUGAUUAGGCCUGAAGUUUCCUUUGAGGUUUUCAGUUCGUUAACCCGAACUAUCUCAACGGCCAAAAAUAUUAUUGGGAAGAACCCACGAGAGAGCUUUCUGGACAGAUUACCAAAGUCCACUAAGGAUGAAGUUCUACACCAUUGGACAUCAAUACAAGAAUUAUUGAGACAUUUUUGGUCAUCUUAUCCGAUAACAACCACAUAUCUUCAUACCAAGGUUGGUAAACUGAAGGAUGCAAUGUCCAACACUUAUUCAAAACUCGAGGCAAUGAAAGAGUCGGUGCAAUCUGAUCUCCGGCAUCAGGUUUCUCUACUGGUUCGUCCAAUGCAACAGGCUCUUGACGCUGCGUUCCAACACUACGAAGCAGAUCUGCAGAGAAGAACAGCUAAGAGCGGCGGCGAAAGACCAAACGGCUACGUAUAGAAGACAAAAAACAAAAAAAACAAAAAGGCUUUGCAAGUUCUUUGAAUUGUUUCAUCAGCCUUAGUUGGUGUUUUUGAGAAUUUUCAUUUGUUGCUUUUUGUCCGACCAUUGAGAUACAAAAAGGCGUUUAUAUGGUAGUAAUAUUUUCUGUUUUGUCAAUAAGGCGUUUUUAUUGUU